AUGGAGAACAAGACAGAGGUGAUCACAUUUAUCUUAGUAGGCCUGACUGAUCUCCAAGGACUGCAAAGUAUCCUCUUUCUUCUCUUUUUGAUGCUCUACCUUAUCAGUCUUUUCGGAAAUGGUACCAUUUUGUUUGUAGUACUGACUGAACCUAAACUCCACAUACCCAUGUACUUUUUCCUCAGCAAUCUUUCUUGCCUGGACAUUUGUUAUGCCACAGUCACUGUGCCUAAGAUGCUGGCUGGCUUUAUUCUGGGCCCUCAAACUAUUUCCUUCAGUGGUUGCCUGGCUCAACUCCAUUUCUUCCACUUUACUGGAAGCAGUGAAGGCGUUCUUCUAGCAGUUAUGGCAUAUGACCGCUAUGUGGCUAUAUGCAGUUCUCUACACUACACCAUUAUUAUGAACAAGCGGGUGUGCCUGUUGCUUGCAGCAACUACUUGGGGCAUUGGAUUCUGCCAUGCACUGAUGCACACAGUGAUGACCUCCCAGCUGCACUUUUGUGGCUCAAACCUUGUCCAGCACUUUUUCUGUGACAUCAAGCCGCUCUUGAGAUUAGCCUGCAGUAACAUCCAGCUCAACAUCAGCCUACUCAACAUUGUCACUGGUAUAAUUGUCAUGGCCCCUUUCAUCCUCACACUUCUCUCCUAUCUCUAUAUCAUCACUUUCCUGUUUCUGAAGGUCAAGUCACACAAAGAAAGAUGGAAGGCUUUCUCCACCUGUACAUCCCACCUCACAGUUGUGACUUUGCUCUAUGUGCCUGUUCUGUUCAACUAUCUGCCCUCCUCUACAGGAGACACACCACAGCAGGACAUGAUAUCUGCCCUCAUGUAUAAUGUAGGUGUCUCAGUACUAAACCCCCUGAUUUACACACUAAGGAAUAAGGAGAUGAAAUUAGCCAUAAGGAAAAAAGUGGUCAGAAAGUUAUUCCUUGUAAAAAUAUGA